AUGUCAUCUGAAAAUUCUAAACAGGAGAAUCAAGUUGAGAAAACAGCAGCUCAAAAAAUAUCAAAGUUUGGUUCGUUUGUAGCUGGUGGCCUAGCAGCAUGUAUAGCGGUCACUGUUACCAAUCCGAUCGAAUUGAUUAAGAUUAGAAUGCAACUUCAAGGUGAAAUGUCCGCUUCAGCUGCGAAAGUUUACAAGAAUCCAAUUCAAGGUAUGGCAGUGAUCUUUAAAAACGAAGGUAUCAAAGGUCUACAAAAGGGUUUAAACGCUGCUUACAUCUAUCAAAUUGGAUUAAACGGUUCCAGAUUGGGGUUUUAUGAGCCAAUUAGAACAUCAUUAAAUCAAGUUUUCUUUCCAGGUCAAGAACCACACAAGGUACAAAGUGUCGGAGUUAACGUUGUUUCUGGUGCUACCUCUGGUAUAAUUGGUGCCGUCGUUGGUUCUCCAUUGUUUUUAGUAAAGACAAGACUUCAGUCGUAUUCUGAGUUUAUAAAAAUUGGUGAGCAAACUCAUUAUACUGGUGUUUGGAACGGGCUGGUCACAAUUUUCAAGACUGAAGGUGUUAAAGGGCUGUUCAGAGGUAUCGAUGCCGCUAUUCUUAGAACAGGUGCUGGUUCCUCUGUUCAACUACCAAUUUACAACACAGCAAAGGGAUUUUUGGUAAAGAAUGAUAUAAUGAAGGAUGGACCAGCCUUACAUUUAACCGCAAGUACUAUAUCUGGGUUAGGUGUUGCCGUGGUUAUGAACCCUUGGGAUGUUAUUUUGACAAGAAUCUAUAACCAAAAGGGUAACUUGUACAAGGGACCUAUCGACUGUUUAGUAAAAACAGUAAAAAUUGAAGGUGUUUCUGCCUUGUAUAAAGGUUUCGUGGCUCAAGUCUUCAGAAUUGCCCCUCAUACGAUCAUGUGUUUGACCUUUAUGGAACAAACAAUGAAGCUGGUUUAUUCAGUGGAGUCAAGAGUUUUAGGCCAUAAUUGA